CCACGCGUGCGCCUGCUGCUGGACUCGCGCAGAAGUACAACAACACGAGGACGUGAAUCACUUCCGGGGUCACUGCAGGACUGCAGACAGCCGCGUUUACAGACGAACACAUCUGCAGUCUUUCAUUUAAGAAUUAAAGGUAAUAAUUCCGCAUUUAUGUAUUGAAUAUGAAUUGCAGUCAGCUGUUUGAUUGAUAAAUAGUUUGAAGAGUCUCUCGGCUGAGGAAAACCGCGGAGGCCCGCUGAGAUCUGCGCUCUGAGAUGGCUGAUGAUCCUCAGAGAAACUUCCGCUCGGCGUAUUAUGAGAAAGUGGGUUUCAGAGGAGUGGAGGAGAAGAAAUCGCUGGAGAUCCUGCUGAAGGACAAUCCGCUGGAUGUGGAGAAGUUGAGCACCUUCAGUCAGAGGUUUCCUCUGCCCUCCAUGUACCGGAUACACGUGUGGAAAGUCCUGCUGGGUAUCCUGCCGCCUCACAGUGAUUCUCACGCUCUGGUGUCUCGCUAUCGUCUCGAGCAGUUUGAGGACGUCAGCGGCGCUCUGACAGCCAUGCGCUUCAUCCACGCAUCCACCCCGGCGACGGAGCUCUACCUGCGCAUGUACCAGCUGGAGAGCCGACAGCUUCCCCGCAGGAGCGAGCUCAGGCCGCCGGACGACGAGGAUGAAAACUUCCUGGCUAUCGGCAGAGCGAUGGAGGAGAUCGUCGAUGACCCGGUCGACUGCUAUUGGCUCAUCAGGUGUUUCAUCAACCAGUUCAAGCUCAAGUUUGGAGACUCCAUCCCUCACCUGCCGAAGAGUUUGGAGCACUUCCUGUCUCAAGAGGACGCCGCUCUUCUGGCUCAUCUGAAGACGUCUGGAGCUCUGCACUCGCUGCCGUACUGUCUCUGGUUCAGACGCUGCUUUGCUGGCUGUUUACCAGAGUCCAGCCUACAGAGGGUUUGGGAUAAAGUCAUCAGCGGCUCCUGUAAGAUCCUGGUGUUUGUUGCCGUGGAGAUUCUGCUCAGCUAUAAGAUCAUGCUGAUGGGAACGAGUGACCCGGAUGGAGUUUACAACUUCCUGUCUAAUCUGCCGCAGGAGAACACAGACGCCAUCGUCACUAAAGCCAUCGAUCUGUGGCACAAACACUGCGGCACGCCCAUGCACUCUGUGUAAUUCAUCAUUUCUGAGUCUGACAUGUGACGGAGACUCAAAGCGCUCAGACGUGGAUGACAGGAACGUCAGCUGUGUGUGUGGUCGCUCUUUUAUUAGGUUGGUUUACAUGAGAAUCUGCAUACAUCAUUCAGGAGUGACAGUACGGUUCAUGACAUGCCUCCCGCUCUGAGCCAGUAGCAGCAGCGGAAGAGAGAAACGCUAGCGUCUGGAAACAGAAACACAUCAAUCAUUCAAAACAUGACGACGUCUGCUCUUCUCUGAGUGUGGUCACCGAUCGGCCAAAAAUACUGUUAUUAUUUUUACACCCUCAUGUCGUUCCAAACCUGUUCAUAUGAUUCAUAAGAUCAGAAAAAGUGCUUAAAAGUCUCA